AUGGACCCCGAGACGCCCGUGCCGCUGCGCGUGCCCGGCCGCGGGCCCGACGACGAGACGCGCGAGAAGCGCAUCGCGCGCCUCGUAUACCAGGCGCGCAAGCGCGGCACGCUCGAGACGGACCUGCUGCUGAGCACGUUUGCGCGCGACCACCUGCACCAGCUGCCCGAUGCUGAGGUCAUCGAGUUUGACCUGCUCCUCGACGAGCCCGACUGGGACAUCUACUACUGGCUCACGGAGCGCAAGCCCGUGCCGCAGCGCUGGAAGGCGUCGUUUGAGACCGAGGGCCGGCUGGGCCAGCGCCUGCGCGUCCACACCAAGAACGAGGACAAGGUGCUGCGGAGGAUGCCGGCGCUGUAG